AUGUCGGUAUCAGUUGAGGAUCAGUGGGCAAAGUCAUUCCCCGUCAUUGUUAACGAUUUACUAAACCCCGAGAGCCAUCUAGCCAAAGAACAUCCCCAUCUUCAUCAUAAUUUACGCUCUCGCCUAGAAGGGGCAUUUGUUGCACGGGGAGAUCAACCUCUCUCGCGGUGCACACACACAAUUUUCGAUGGAUAUGAGGCCGGCCGAAGUGAUGCACUCCGUUUCCAAGAAAACGAAGACACCGGACUGAUCAAUAGGAUAGAUCCAGUUUUAGACACAUCUGAGACUCGAGCAACAUCUCUUUGCGCUAAUUUGACCAACCGAAUGGAAUUGUAUGGUCUCGCUGGCACAGGAAUUUAUCUUGCACGCGAGAAGGAUAGCAAAGGAGUUGACCCGCGUUCUUCGAAACACUUUGCUAUCAAGGUGGAAAAGCAUCAAACCAUGCUUUCACAUUUUUUGGCAGCAUACUACUCUCCCCCCAUGGUUAUGACUUUAGAGAAAUCAAAAGAUCUUCGAUAUAUCCCCACAGAAGCCUUUGUUAUGCUCUUAUUAACCACAAGUAAUAGGUUUCCCAAGCUAGAUCCCGUUUAUCUUCACGAUCGUUUUCAGGCAAUUGUCAUGUCUCCUUGUGUCGACUACGCCCCCGACCUUCAUCCCCUUUCAGAAGGAGGAUUCCGUCGUGUAUUUAAACCUUUCACAGGCAGGUAUCUAAUGAAAUCAAAUGGAAACCCACUUUUAGAUGAGAUGGAAGCUUGCAAAGUUGCGUCUCAGAUCUUGGAAGGGUUUUUGGAACUUGCUGAUUUGAAUCUCUGGCAUAAUGAUUUCUCGGUCAACAAUUUUGUUGUUGAUCAGGAACUUAAUGUUACGAUUAUUGAUCUGGGAGAUGUCAAAUUUGGGCUGAAGGAGGCUGACUUUCUUAAUAACAGACGUGCUUACUUGACUUUCCAGGAACACCUAAUGUCACCCGAGCUAGCCAGGGUUUUGUCAGUCCAAGGCUGGCUUAAAACGUAUCCCGAUGACAAACACGAUAUGCGUCAGGUCAUCAUUUGGAAAUUUGGUGUUAUCUUAUUCGGCAUUCUGCAUGGCUACUGGCCAUGGGAUGAUCAACAAGAAGGGCAUGACAACCUACUCGAUUUUGGUUCCUCCGAGACUCAGAUUCCAAGAGUCAUGGAAAGACGAGCAAGAAUUAUGAACGAUCCACUACUAUUGAAUGAGAGCCUCAGUCAGGACUGUAAAGAUGUACUCCGUGCCGUGUUGGCAAGAAAUCCGGAAGAUCGACCGUCCCUGCGGCGGCUAGCAAAUUGCUAUCCUUGGUUCUUGCAGUGGACAUAUGUAAAUCGUGUUUGGAGACGGCCUUUCUCCAGGAAAUUCCAUCAUCAUUCUUUUAAAUAA